UUCNGGGACGCAGCUUUGUGUGGCGCUCUAUUCCAGGAGGAGUCAUGGCAGGCCUGUGUGUCUCUGGUGGUUGGAGAAUGUCCUGAGGAUGGAGAGCUGAUAAAGGCUCUGGCCUUGGCUGUGCGGAGACCACAGCGGAAACGUUUCACUGUGUUGACCUGGGACGUUGCCGUUACAAAGAUAAAUGAACUGGUAUCUCUAAAAUCCAAAGGUAAAAACCCAGAAAUUCCCAUGUACAUUGAGGUCAUAGAGUCUGCUAAAGCACUGCUGGAUGCAGGAGAGGUGAUUCCCUGCGACCUCACGGCCAAAGUGCUGAAGUUCAUGUUGCUUCAGAUCAAAGCUGAUGAUCAGCAGAGGAGGAUUACAGAACAAGCACAUGAGACGGAGGAGAACACAAAGACCAACUUGACAUCUGCAACAAACAAGGCCCUCGAAAAGAGGGACAAAGGAAAGUCUCAGCCUCCGUCCACUUCAGUCAAGAAAUCAAAGCUGAAACGCAGAGAUGAGGUCGAUCCACCGGUGUUUAAAGAUGAUGAGCCGGAAGAUGGUCCUCAGACCUACGUCCUGAUUCUGGGCUUUUACCAGCCCCCUCUUGUUGCGAUGCUCAAUAAUGUUGGCAUACAUGUCUCUAACAUCAUCAAAUUGCAUUCAGAUGACAUCCAGGUCUACGUUGAUGAGCAGAAGCAGCUGUUAGCUGCCAAAGAAAGUGUGCGCCCAAACCACAAAACACCUCCAGCCGUUACCACAGUCCCAGAGAUCAGUAAGGAGCAGUUGGCUGCACAGGCCCAGGCCAUGGAGACUUUUUGGUCAAGUCUGAUGCCACUUUUGGAAAGUGCACCAGCAGGGUCAAAGCUCAAUGAUGUGGUUGUGCUCAGCUGCGCUGUCCCAGAUCUGCAGCCUUUCUACCUGUACGAGCCCGAAUCUGUGCUGGAGCUGGGAAGCCUUAUUUUUGACAGCAUGGCGCGUCUGAUUUAUCAGUGUUUAGAAUGGCAUAAGCAGCAUCAGUACUACCUAAGCUGCACCAAGCUCUGUGUUAUUCAGCUUAUACCUCUACAGCCUAAGAAGAAGGUAGUCCUAGAGUCAAGCACCCAAGAUGAUGCAGACAUGCGUUACUACAGCAACCUCCUGGACCUGGUUCCUCCUGAAGCUUGCUCUGUGCCUCUUAUUUUGGACUGUAUGCUUCAGCAGGUUGUGAUUACUUUAGACCCAGAUACCGCACCUCUGGUUGCACCUAAGAAGCCCAAACCUGGUCCUUGGUUGGAUUCCGACCUGGCUGCGUUCAUGCUGGAGAGCUUCCUGCCUUUGGUGCACACAGAGGAGCAGAGACAAGAAAUGUUCAACAACUUACUGACAACAGUAGAGAGUGACGACGACAAGAAGGGACUGGAGGAGCAGUUUGGAGAAGAAAAGACCCAGAAGACGUCUGAUCAGCUGUUAGUCCUCAGACACCAGGACGAGCGGGGGCUGCGGCUCAGGGACACCACUGCUGUAAAGGGUUUUGAUCCAGCAGAGGUGGAGAGGUCCAUGAUGGAGCUAUCUCCAGUUUGGGAGUUGAUCCAGUCUGUGGCUUAUCAGGAAAAUAACAGCUGCCAUUGGUUGGCGGUCAAACAGCAGCUGCAACAUUUCUGCACUGACGACACUCUGUCAUGGACCAACCUGGAGCGUCUGUUUCAUCAAAGUGUGUUUGAGGCGAUGCCACUGACCAGGCUGGACGAGAAAGGAGAGCUUUUGCCUGCUGCAGGGAAACUGGGUAUAGUGGAACCAGCAUCUGUACCCAUAAUCCCUUGGGACAACCCUGUGGCCUAUGCUCUACAGCAGCUACACAAGCAACAGAAUAAAGGUCCAGCAUUUCUCACUGAAGAACCCAACAAGGCAGAGCAGCCCAGUACCAGAACACGUUGCCGUGUGAAGUUGUCAGAGAUUCAGAACUGCAGACUGAGAUCUCUGUUUGAAUGGCACAGUACAGAGCACCACGAUGCGUCUGUCUUUCCACAGGUUCUUCAGGCUGCCUCAGAAGAAUACCGCUGUGUGGACACCUUCAGGGGAAGCCUUCACAACAUUCUGUACAUUUUUUGUCACAAUCCCAAAAGUCUGAAGAACCAGUGCCGAGAGUUCUGGGAUAUGGCACUGCACACUGAUGUGAAGUUCAGAAAUUAUCUGCAGUACGUUUCUGACAACAUUUCGGAUUGGACAAAGAAAGAAGAAGAGAAGAAAAAGGCCUUAAAACUUCUCCUUGCUGCUGCAAGAGAUGAAACUGAUUCGAAUGAUGAGGAUGAUGAAGAUGAAGAUGGACAGGAACCUUUCUACAGAAAAGAAUCUCUAAAAGCCUGGAAAAUGGAGCAAGAUCGUCUGAAGGAGGAAGGGAUGGAUAAGAAGGCUAAAGACAGAGCUCAGAAAGCCAAGAAGCAGAAGGAGGAAGGCACUCAGCAGAAGACCACUGCAGAGAAAAGUAAGGCUGGGACGAAGAGCAAGAUGGAAAAAGACCAGAAGGAAGACGCUGAGUCCGCAAAGGAGAUCACUACAGCUACUACCGCCGCUGCUGCGCCCUCUGUUGAUAAAAUGAAGGAACUGCUUAAGCCUGAGGGGUUUAUAGGUUACUCCAUGAAUGGGAGGUUGAUUCAGGUGUCAGGUCAACUGCAGUACCUGUUCCCCUCAGAUGGAGGACACAUCACUGUGGAGAAUAUUAACUAUAUUAAAGGUUCCAGUCUAGUGAAAGUAGCUUUGAGGAAGGACGGACAUUGUAUCUACACACACAUCAGCAAAACUCUCAAUCGUCCUUCAUCUCAGCCCAUCCGUUGCAAAGAAAAAUAUGAGGAACCUGAAAAGCAGAAGGUGGGCUCGAUGUCAGCAGUGCUGAAUAAUGGAAUUCACCUCUCUUACAGUUUUUACGGUCCCACAGGAGAAUAUAAGGUGACUACCCAGGAAGUUGACGUUGAAGAAAAACAAGAAGGGAUCGUCAACGACACUGUGAAGAAACCGUCGCCCAAUUGCACAGAAUCCGACCCUCCUGACGCUGAAGCGAGUAAUGAGCAGCCGACGCCUGAACCCAGUCCAUUUAACAGUCUGCACUUGUCUCUUCCGAAUGGCCUCCUGCUGCAGUUUCUGAGAGAAAAGGCUGAAGGAGUCCCUUUACAUGAUCAAGGUGUCCAGGUGAGACAAAGCUUUCCCCUUCACAGUACAGGGGAAAUAAGGCACCUUCCUGACCCGACACUUUCCAAAGAAAUGUCCCGUUUGAUCACCAGCCAGGGAAAUGUGGUCCGUUUCAUGAGAGACAAGUCUAUUGAGGUUCUGUUUCCUAAUGGGACAGUUACUUCAAACUACAAUAAGAAUGAGGAUUAUGAUGAUGAUGAUGGUGGUGAUGAGAAAUCAGACCCUGAUCAAAGAUGGCUCACAACGACUCCCUCUGGAGGUCGCUUCUACACCAUAGGAGAAAGGAGCAGACAAACCACUCCACUUCUCAUCUACAAGAACACAGACCCUGUAACCCAUGAGGUGAUGGUGAGCCGGGAAGAUUUUGUGGUUUCUGUCCAAAAGAAGGAUGGAUCUGUAAGUGCGGAACACGCAGAUGGAACAAGAAUUACUUGUGUCUAUCAGGAAAAACCGAAAAGACAAGUGAUGCAGCAGGAUAAGGUUAGUGCAGUUAAUGCAUCAACAAAAAGUGAAUGUAGCAGUGGACAGGACAGUGUCGAGGAGAAAGAGCAGACUCAGGACGGCGGUGACGAUGAAGAGGAAGCAGACAAAGCGAACGGCGACGAGGAUUUUUGUUCUUCAUUAAAAACGACUGAUGAUUUUACAGAGGAAAAAGAGUGUGAUGAAAAUGAGUUGGGUCACGAUGAAGAGGAGAAGAAAGUCGUCACAGAAGAGACUGUGACUAGGAAAAGUCCAGGUGAAAGAAAAAAAAGGAAAGCGAGAGAGCGGGUGGUGAUGGUGGAGAAAGAGGGCUGUGCCACUGUGGUGAUGUAUCCAGAGCGACACAUGGCUCGUGUCUUUUUCGCUGAUGGAACUGUCAUCACUGGGAACAACCAAGGAGUCUAUCAGGUGUUUCCACCCAAUUGGGGUUUGCUGCAGAUCCAAAGUGAUGGGAAGUGUGUGUACUCCAGCGAUACAGUUGUGACUUCCCCUUCAGAGACAGGUUCUCCCACAAACCAACCAGGGAUGUACACCAUGAGUCAUGUGGAAAAGGUGGUGUGUAAUGUGACCGACCCAGAAGGAAACAACUUUCAGGUGAUGGAGGAUGGGCAGAUAUCAGUGAGUAAAGUUAGCCCUCGUCUGAAUACUAUUGACGAGGAGGGCAAUGACGAAGCAACACAGGACGGGGGGCAGGAUGGAAAAUCAGCUACGCUUCAUACAAGGACCAGGGAACCCAAUCCCAGGCUGUUCAUGGUACAUGAGGACGGUUCAGGGACUGAACUGCUGAGCUGUCAGGCUGUAGAAGAGCUGAUCUACCAGGCGUACGGUGACCCUGCCACAGCAGUUCUGAAGGAGCCACUGCCAGACACAGAUGAUGAAUUUGGUAUCACCAUCCUCAAGCCUGGUUUUCAGAGCUUGUGGUCUCAGUGGAUGCUGAAGAAACAGACCCCAGAAAUAACCCCUCCCAACCUGACAAACCGUAGCUGGCGUGAAUUCCCUAGCACAGAGAAAAAGCCUUCCGGUCCGCCAUUUGGCACUAGUGUUGGACGUGGUCUGAGUGUGGGAGAACAGCCUCAGGGCUUUGCAGCAAAUCAACAGCCUGUCAGGAGCCCUAAAGUCCUAGAAAUGAGGAAAUUGUACCAACACAGACCAUUCAGGAUGCAGCUGAAAAACACAGUGGACAAACGACUGCAGGGGUACAUAGAGAGCUUGAUGGAGAGGGAGCAGCAGUCACAGGAGAUGAAACUUAAGGAGCCUCGAACUCAGGAAGAGAGUGUACAGGCUGCUGACCUCCUCAACCUAGUCUUGACCUUAGCAGAAAAAGAAGAAGCCCCUCCCACCUUUACCAGGAGGAAUUCAGUGGACAUUGGGACUUUGUACUACCAGGGUAUUAGAGCCCAAAAUGAGCAGUCAGAUGUUUUAGGAAGUGCAUCAAAUCUUAUAAAUGUCAGCCUGUGGCCUGGAAAACUCACACAUUACAGGGAGGAGCUUUGUGAGGAGAAGGCCUGCAGAAUGGCUCUGAGGAAUAACACAAUUGUUCCCUACUUUCACCCAGAAAAUGUUUUGUUAUACCAGGACAUGUUACAGAGUGAGACGGCAAACAUAAGGAGUGAAUCUCAGAUCCUCUCACCAAGGUCCAGAUCAGACGCUACGAAAGAUGCAGAACGAGAGAAAACUCCACGGCCCUUGAAUCCUACACCGUCUCAGUCAGCCAGUUUUGUAGCAAGACUUGAUGGAAUGCCUGACAACAGACCCACCAACCCCACACCGCAGUCUGCUGGUGAAAGCAGUCUGAGAGUCUCGUCUGGGCCAUACAAGUCAGUGCAGGUGGACGUGACAGGAAAGCCUAGGAAGACCAAAGUCAGACUUCCCAAAUCCAUUCUCAGCUCUAAACCCUGCAGUGUACCAAAUCUACAGUACCUCUCGGUGGAAGAGCCAGUGAGGAGAAGGUGUCGAGUGAUUUCUCUGUCUGACCCAGAUGUGGUAAUAAGAGGAUUUCAACUCCUUCCAGCCAAUGUUGACUUUGGUACAGUGAGAGAGGGCACCUCCUCCACCGUCACCGUGCUAUUAAAGAACGUCGGUGUUGACACCUGCAGAUUCCAAGUGAAACAACCUCGUCCUGCUACAGGUCUUCGUGUCUUGUACAACCAUGGAGCUGUUCCUGCUGGUUUGCAUGUCGAUCUGCACAUUGAGCUGUUUGCCAUGUGCACAGCCGAGGAAGAGGAGGAGGAGCCAAAAAGAUGCAUUUCUCUGGAUAUUGUCAUCCGCACUGAGACAGACAUCCUCUACUUGCCUGUCACUGCAACCAUCCUUUCUGACUCAUUGUAUGACAUAUGGCUCAGGGAGCAGGGAAAACCGCAGAAAAAGAAAGGUUCCAGGCCACUUGGUCUGUCUGCCAGUUUACCACCGAGACAAAGAGUUACCUGGGAAUUCCCAGCAUCACCUGAGUGGAGCUGCAGCACCAAAAGGAAAGCAUGAUGCUGUCAUCUGUGAUUCAGGAGUUGGAAACCCUCAGAAGCGUAUUUAUGAGGUCACACACUGAUGUUGGACAGGAAGGCCUGGCUCUCAGUCUCCACUAUAAUUCAUCCAUAAGAUGUUCUUCCAGGUUCAGAUCAGGACUGUGUGCAGGCCAGUCAAGUUUAUCCACACCAGACUCUCUCUUCAAUGUAAUAAUAGAACCUGUCAUAUUGGAACAGGGGUCGACCGGUUCUUUUGCAAAUGUUCGCCUGCAUGAAUAGGUGCUUGCUUUCUACACCUUUUAUACACCUGUGGUCAUGGAAGUAAUCCAAAUAAAUGAAAUCAAAUGUAUUUGGAUGUUGAGCUAAUACUCUUGGCAAUAUAGUGUACAAUACUCACAGGGAAAUGUUAGAACAAACUUAUUGCAAUUUAUUUGAUAUUUAUAUCCCUAUGUGCAACUGGCAUGAACGUAAAACUAGUUUUCCCUUUAAAAUUAAUUGAAAAUGUACUUUUUAUUGUAAAAUAUAUAACUUCUUUGUUUAAUAAACUAGUAAGUCUUUGCUUUGUCAAUCUUAUUUUCAGAUAAAGUUGUCAAGGUUU